UGGACGACACGAUCCGACCCUGCCGCUACUCUCUUCUUUUUCCUCUCUCUCUCUCUUCCUUUUUUUUUUAAUCCUAUUUUCUCCCCCUCUCGAUCCCAUUUUUUUCUUUUUUCUUUUUUUCUUUUUAAUUUCUCUUUUUAAUUCCCUCUCCCAUAUGGACAUGGAGGAUCAAUAUGGGCUCUCCGAUCUCCGCCACCUCAUGACCGCCCCCCCAGCUCGCUCCCAUUUCCCCGGCCACCAUGACCUCUCCGCCGCCGCCGCAGCCUACCGGAAUCUUCACCCCAACUCCAACCCCUACGACCUCAUCAUGAUGAUGCCACGUGACCCUCUCCCCGACUUCCGCUCUGAUCAUUCCGCCUCCGCCACCGCCGCCGGGUUCGAAGGGGAAACCGGGUGCCUCGCCGGAGACAGCGGCACCGGGAGAUGGCCGCGCCAGGAAACUCUUACGCUUUUGGAGAUCAGAUCUCGCCUUGAUUCUAAGUUCAAAGAGGCCAAUCAAAAAGGCCCCCUUUGGGAUGAAGUUUCUAGGAUCAUGGCUGAGGAACACAAUUAUCAAAGAAGUGGGAAAAAAUGCAGAGAAAAAUUCGAGAACUUGUAUAAAUAUUACAAAAAGACCAAGGAAGGGAAAGCUGGAAGACAAGACGGUAAGAACUACAGAUUCUUCCGGCAGCUGGAAGCUCUCUAUGGCGAAACCAGCAAUGCCACUUCACUUCCAGACUCCCAUUUCCUCGGAGACAACAACCUCAGAUUCCAGCAAAAUGGGACGACCAACAACCCGAUCGCCACCGCUCCGAUGAGCCACGAGGCUCCUCACAGCCUCAGCCUCUCGAACACGUCGGAGUUCGAAACCUCGGCCUCGUCCGAUGAACUUGGCUCCAUCGGCGUAAUGGACAACGAUUCUGUGGAGAAGCGGAGGAAGCGACGAGGCRGGAAAUGUUGGAAGGCGAAGAUCAAGCAAUUCAUCGACUCGCAAAUGAGGAAGCUGAUUGACAAGCAAGAGGCUUGGUUGGAGAAGCUCAUGAAAACUCUUGAACAAAAGGAGAAAGAGAGAAUGAUUCGGGAGGAGGAAUGGAGGAGACAAGAAGUAUCUCGAAUCGAUCGCGAGAGGAGCUUUUGGGCAAAGGAGAGAGCAUGGAUAGAAGCUAGAGAUGCAGCAUUAAUGGAGGCAUUACAAAAGCUAACAGGACGAGAAAUAGGAGAGUACGACAACAACUCCUCGCCCGACCACCGAUUAAUGGCAGUCGAGCACCGUCAAAAUAACAGCGAGAACCAAAACGAAGACGGGAGCGAAAUACUAAACAACAGCACAGCUAGAGAAUUACAAGACAACAAUUACCAGAGAAAAAUAAUAGAUCAAGGCAACAAGAAACGAAAGGAGACUUCAAGAUCAGCCACCACCACCACAACCUACAACCUUUACUUCCAAAAUGACUCCUCCCUCUACGGCGGCGGAGGCGGCAGCGGUGCCUACGGCAGUGAAAUGAAAGAGCAAAGUCCGAAUAGUUCCAACGCGGGCGGUGGCGGCAGCGGCCAUGUGGUGCAAGAUAGCUGCUUUCGUUUCUUGAUGGGGGAGGGAGAUCAAUCUCAGUCUGGCUUGUGGGAAAAUUUUGGGCUCAAACUCAACAAUGGAGGUGAUCAAACUUAAUUAAGCUAAUUAAUGAGGACCUUUCUGCAAAACUUGGAAGAUUUGGCUAACUAAGAGAGAGGGAGAUUAUUCACUUUGUCUAGGGUUAGCUUAGUAAGUUGGUUGGUUUUUGAGGGGUCAUUUAGCUAAUUAUUUAAU